GUUUGCUAUCAUCGUCAGCUUACAGAGACGGUCUACUUCGAGCUCACACAACCCAUCUCACGAAUCUUCACUUCUCCGUGUUUCCACAUGAAUCUCAAGAAAAGGUUUUUAUGAAUGAUUAACUUCUUUCAUCUUAGACAUGUUAAAUUUGGUAAUAAGUGAUUGAGUUCAGAGAAAAAACCAAUCAGAGACUGUGCAGGUAAUGUUUAUACGAAAGCCAACUUGAUCUUCUCAAGAGACUUCAUGAUAAAUGUCAGUGUAACGAUCGGAUUGUGGAAGGAGAGAGUUCAUGUGAAUCAAAACCUACUCAGGGAUUACUAGAGAGACAGAUAAAGAGGAGCAAGAAUCUAAGUGAACCAACUUCUUUGUGUGUAGUUGAGAAGACAGAUGAUAAGGCUAAGCAAAUGGAUUUGAAGAAUGUGAGAGAUUGUAAGAAGAGCUCAGAGAUUAACCUUCAAGUUCGUAUGAAUAAAACUUCUGAAAGAUUGAUCUGUUCCAAGGCUGGGGGGAAAGGAAAAGACCGGUCUAAGCAGUUCAUGGAAGCACUAGAUAUUCUAAGUUCGUUCGAGGAAGUUGUUCAAAGCUCUAGCCACUCAAAUGGCAUGAGUAAGACGGGUACUUUUGGUUCGUUAUGGAUGUUGAUCAUCAAUUCUGUUGCUCUUUGUUAUGUAGUAUCUUUGAUACUAAAUAGAAGUGUACCCCAUGAAAUUGUUUUCUAUACCUAAAGAGAAAUGGUGGUGAACAGCAUCUCAGAGCUAGAUAGUGAAGAAGAAGGAUGAACGCGCUCUUUCAUGGUAUCAAUGGAUAAUGAUAGAAAUAAUCUGUUACAGUUCCAGUGGUGGGGACUGAUCAACGUUACACUUACCAUCAUGAAAAUUGAUCUUCUAGUAAGAAUCUCAAGCCAUUGGAUGACAUCUACUAACUAAGCAAAGAUGGUCGAUACAAUAAAUGGUUUGGUCAAACUCCAGGGAGGUUGUCUGUAAGGAAACAAAUGAAGCUAAACUGCUGAGAGAAGAAAUUAGUUGUGGCUGGAUUCAGCAUUGAUGAAGGAAAAGGGAAUAUCUCCUUGAGCAUUGACUCGAUAAUAUCAAAGUAAAAUUGUAUAGCAAGCCAAGGUUACUGAAAUAUUCUCCAAGUAUGUCAACGAAUGCACAAAUAUGUGAGGGCUCUCGCCAGUUACCCAACAUACUGCCACAACAAACAUAAGAAUAUGAGAGCCCAAAAGUGAGAUAAGAGCAGGCAGCCUAAUGCAAUCCAGAGGCAAGAUCUUGCAGUUGCUGCUUUACCUUUGAUGAAGUAAUUGCAUUCUGAGGAUCUUACUAAAUUGAACUCUUGCUUGCCGACCAAACUCAAGCUCUUCUCCAUCCGGGAACAAUCCUUCGCAAGUGAUCAUGUAUGCUUUUACUUAAUGUUGUGAUUAGGGUCUUUUAACUGCCAGUUUAAGAAACGAUAUUAGUCGCAAAAUAAGUGUAAGCUUGGUUGUUAUCUACUGCUAUAUUUCUCAUUUCCAAUAUAUAAAAGAAUAAUUUAAUUUCCAGUGACUCGAUGCACUUAAUCAAUGCAG